GCCGAAUGGCAACUAGUAGUGUGACAGAAGAAGAAGCUGAGAAAAGUAUUUCAGGCGAAUUUCAGUACGACAAUUUUGUAAUUUCGUAAUAAAAUGUGUUAUAAUGGAAAACAGGCAGCCCAGUUCAAGUGAUGUGAUAGUGCCAGAAUUGUACUUCUUAAUAUCCAAAUUUUUGACUGCGGGCCCGCUGGAAGAGACAGCAAAGAUAUUGGUGAAAGAAUUAGAACAAAAGAAGGUAUUGCCCCGACGCAUCGACUGGCUGGGGAAUGAGCAUGACCAGACCUUUGCCGAGUUGGAAAAGAAGUACGCGCACAUUGGGUCAAAUCAUCUAUUAGAAAUAUGCAGUCGUCUUGGACCGUUGGUGGACAAGGAGCUGGCGCCAAGUGUGCCUGGCAUAGAUUCAUUGCUUGGCACAGGCCGUCAAAAUUUAUUGCGUACGAAGGAAACCGUCUACAGGCAUCGGACGCUGCGGGAUUACUGUACAAGCCUCCAUGGAAUAUCGCUGCCAGACUCGAGGCUUACCAAGCCCAUACACAAUCUAACCAAGGUAAUCUCUGGUCGGGAACACGGCGGUCUUGUGCGUCGCAAGUUGUUGGUGCCGACGGAUCUCUAUCGAAAGACGAAGCUGCUCCGUCGCACCGUGGGACAUUUAUCAUCAGUGUAUUGUGUACUCUUUGAUCGGACUGGCCGUUACAUAAUCACCGGGGCCGAUGAUCUUCUAAUCAAGAUUUGGUCCGCUGCUGAUGGCCGUCUGCUGGCUACUCUGCGUGGUGCUUCUGCGGAGAUUACAGAUAUUGCCAUUAAUUUGGAUAACACUAUGCUGGCCGCCGGUUCAGUUGAUCGCAUAUUGCGUGUUUGGGACAUGCAGACGACUUCACCCAUUGCUGUUCUUGCCGCGCACACGGGCAUGAUAACUUCUGUUAACUUUUGUCCAUCGCCACGAAGCGAUCUGAAAUAUUUGGUAACCACCAGCACAGAUGGUUCGAUUGCAUUCUGGCAGUAUUCGACACCACGAGGCCAAAAGAUCACGUUCGCACCGAGGCCCACACAAUACCACGAGAAGUUGCGUCCUGGCCAGGCGCAAAUGAUGUGCACCACUUUUUCGCCGGGAGGUGUCUUCUUGGCCGCCGGCUCUGCAGAUCAUCAUGUGCGCGUCUACAUGAUGGCCGAAGAUGGACCAAAGCGUAUACUGGAAACGGAGGCUUACACCGAUGCCGUGGACUCUGUACAAUGGUCACAUCGUGGCCUGCGCUUCAUCUCAGGCAGCAAGGACGGCACUGCCCACAUCUGGACCUUUGAGUCGCAGCAGUGGAAGAGCCUUAAACUGUGCAUGACCGAACGCUUAGCUAGUUGUCCAGAGCCGGAGGAAGGCAAAAAGUUAAAGGUUACUAUGGUCGCUUGGGAUGCCUCGGAUCGUUAUGUUAUCACCGCAGUCAAUGAUUUUACAAUCAAAAUCUGGGAUUCAAAGUCAGCAAAGUUGCAUCGUGUGCUGCGUGGCCACAAGGAUGAGCUCUAUGUCCUUGAGUCAAAUCCAAGGGAUGAGCAUGUCCUGCUGUCCGCUGGUCAUGAUGGCCAGGUAUUUCUCUGGGACAUUGAACAGGGCGUGGGCGUUGCCCAGUUCUUCAAUGACAUCGACGGCCAAGGUCAUGGUAGUGUCUUUGAUGCCAAAUGGUCACCGGAUGGCACAAUGAUUGCUGCCACAGAUUCACACGGUCACAUACUGAUCUUUGGCCUUGGCAUAGGCACCGAAAAGUACAAAUUGCUGCCCACGGAGCUGUUCUUUCACACGGAUUUUCGGCCGUUGCUACGUGAUGCUCACCAUCAUGUGGUAGAUGAGCAGACACAGAUAAUGCCGCAUCUAAUGCCUCCUCCAUUUCUUGUCGACGCCGACGGCAAUCCACAUCCGACAAAGUAUCAGCGCUUUGUGCCCGGUCGGGAAGCCUGCAGCGUGGAUCAACUGAUACCUAAUCUCACAGUGGGCAUCGAUGGCAUCGUAAUCGAGGAUAAUGUGAAUGCUCCGCCAAAUGCUGUCCCUGUAGUUGCACCGUCUGUCGGAGCAGCAGCGGCAGGAGCAGCUCUUGGUGGACCUGGUACCAACUAUUCCCAUAUUGAUCGCAUGAUUGCUGCACUGGCCAAUCGACAGGGCAACAAUGCCGCCAAUGCCAAUGAUACCGCAAAUGCGAAUCAGUCAUUCGAACGUCUUAUCAUCCGACAAGGCCAGGGACAGGAUCAAUUGCCCGAUUCAAACUCCACACGCAAUGCCUCACAACGUGGCAAUGUUCUGGGCGGACGUCGUUCCCUCACCGAGGGCACUCCACGUCCAAGCUGGGCUGCAGCACGUCCAGCGGCACCGCCGGCACCCGUGCCAGAGCAGCAAGCGCAUGGUGAACCGGUUCCGGCCUUGCCUGCCCAGCAAACGUUGCCAUUGAAGUUUGUGCGUCGUACCUACGUCCGCCCCAUGAAGUACGCCCAAUUGCAGAACCUCAAGCAGACCAUAUAUUCGGCUGGGCAGUACGAGAUGCAGGAAUAUAAGCGAGAGAUGCGACGUCGUCCCAUCAUGAUUAAUACGGCCAGUGCAGCGUCGGCUCAGCUGGCGGGAAUAGGCAGGCAACGCAAUACAAGAUCCAAUGGCGCUGGACGGCCAGGACGUCGACGUGGUGCUCAGGCGGGACAACAGCAGCAGCAGCAGCAGGGAGCACAGCCUGCCUAUCGUACACGUGCCGUCCGAGAUCAAGAGGAGCUCUACGAUGACCCAGCGGCGCCCAAUGUGCACGAAGAGGAGGAAGAGGACAUUAGCAGCAACAGCUCGGGUGACACUAGCUACUCGAAUGUUGAAGAGAAUCUGGAAGACAGCAGCGAAGAGUCGGAGACAGAUAGUUCCGAUUAUUCAGAUUGGGUGGCGGAUACACCUGGACCAAAUCUUGAGCCACCGAAACGAUCCAAACGUAAACCAUUGUCUCGCCGUCGUACAAUCAGCGAGGACAGCAGUGAUGACGCUGCCACCGGUCAGGCAGCUGCAACCAGCAAAAAGCGUGGACGCAAGCGUGUGCUCAUCCCACCAACGGCACCAAAUGGCGAAAUCCCAGAGCUAUAUCGUCCGGCCGAGUGGCUGUCGGAGGUGAUACCCCGCAAGGCACCCUACUAUCCGCAAAUGGGCGAUGAGAUUGUCUACUUUCGGCAGGGUCAUCAGCGUUAUCUCGAGGCAGUGCGUGUUAAAAAGGUCUACAAACUGUCGCACAGCUCGGAGCCUUGGAAUUUCCGAACCCUGCGCGAUCAUGAGCUGGUGCGCGUGAUUGGCAUCAAGUAUGAGAUUCGUCCGCCUCGUUUAUGCUGCCUCAAGCUGGCGAUCAUCGAUGAGGACGGUAACAUGACGGGCACCACAUUCAAGAUCAAGUACCAUGAUAUGCCCGAUGUCCUCGACUUUUUGGUAUUGCGCCAGACCUUUGAUCUGGCCGUGCAGCGCAACUGGAGCAUUGGCGAUCGUUUUCGUUGUAUGAUCGGUGACGGUUGGUGGAUGGGUCAGAUUGAAUCUCGACAUGCACUAAGCGCCGAUUUCCCCGACUCGUUCUUCAUGUGUUUCCGUGUCCGCUGGGAUAACGGCGAGUACGAAUACAUGAGUCCCUGGGAUAUGGAGCCCAUCGAUGAACAGCGGCUACCCGAUGAAGUUGGCGGCGCUGUGCCCGUGCUGCCCGAGGAAAUACGCGCCACUUUAUAUCAGCCCAAGUCCGAGGAGUGGCAUCGCGGUGAUCGCGACGGCACCUGUCGACGCAUCAUCAAUGGACUCGAGCAGGUGAUGCGUCUAUCAAUUGCGGAGCAUUUUUUGGCCCCCGUCGACUUGAAUAUUUAUCCGGACUACGCCUAUCUGAUUGAAUAUCCCAUCGAUUUAACAACGGUCAAGUCACGGUUUGAAAAUCACUUCUAUCGUCGCAUCACCUCAGCCCAGUUUGAUGUACGUUAUCUGGCCACCAAUGCGGAACAGUAUAAUCGCCGACACACGAGCAUUGUGAAGCAUGCGCGGAUUGUGACCGAUCUGUGUUUGCGGAUCAUAAGGGAAGCGGAUGAAAUAGAUGUGGCUGCUGUUUAUCAUCAAUUGGUGGACGUAUAUCAUUCAUCCGAGUCGGAGAACGAAGUCGAUUCGGAUGUUGUGCCAUCGACCAGCACUGGACCAACCACCUCAGCAGCAGCUGCCCGUCAACGUGUUUCGUCAACACGCCGCUCGAAUCGUAUUCGCUCGGAUGGCGAUUGGCGCUCCGAUUGCCGGCAACUAUUGGAUAUGAUGUGGCAACGGCCGGAUUCGUUGCCAUUUCGUGAGCCAGUCGAUACGAUUGAGUUUCCUGAUUAUUUGGAAAUCAUUGCCACACCAAUGGAUCUGCGUACGGUGAAAGAGGAUCUGCUGGGUGGAAACUAUGAUGAUCCAUUAGAUUUUGCCAAGGAUGUCCGUCUCAUAUUUCUGAAUUCGAAGAACUACAAUACCAACAAGCGUUCACGGAUUUAUGCAAUGACGCUGCGAUUGAGUGCACUCUUUGAGUCACACAUCAAGAAGGUGGUUACCAACUGGAAGGCAGCGCGGAGACGCGCCAACAAGAAUAAGUCCGGUAGCAGCGGACGGGGAUCGAGUAGUCCGAGCAAGCGUACGCCAACGGAACGCACAACACGGCGUACUCAGAAGCCGCCGGGUGCUGCUGCCAGAAGAUUGGAAGCGCAUAGUAGCGAUGAUGAUGAAGAUGAUGACGACGAUGAUGAUGAUGAUGACGAUGUGGUGGGGGAGCAGCAGGCGGCGCGAGGCACUCAACGUGGCGGCAGGCGUCGCAAUGGCGUUGCCGUUGUGCCAAGCAAUUCCGGCUCCAAUCGUGUUACAUCCUCAUCCUCGAAUGCACAGCAGCGUCGCCACGAGAGCAGCAGUAAUUCGGAGAGCGAAGACGAGGAGGAGGAAGAGGAAACCACAUCAGAUGCAAGCACCGACGAGAACGAGGAUGAUGAGGCGCACUCGAAUGCCAGUUCGCCACUGCAGCCACGUCGUCGUCGUGGUGGUCGACAGACAGCGCGCCAGCGGGUCAGUGAUGAUGAAUCCAAUGCCAAUGACUCCGAAGAGAGCUAUAAUCCCAACGAGCGGCGACGACGACGUGGCGCAGGUGGCGGCAACAAGCGCAAGACCAAAAGCCAGCGACGACACUCUAACAAACGGCAUCGAGGAGGCGAAGCGUCUGGUCAGCCUGGUGGUAGUCGUGGUGCAGUUGGGCCGCCACCCCGUCGCACCCGUCGUUUGCUGGGCAGCUCUGAGGAUGAUCAUCGGACGGAAUCUCAUUCCCAUCACGAUGAAAGCACUCAGGACAGCAAUACGCCGCGCAAGAGAGGUCGCCAAACUAAAGUCAAGAGCUCAACGGCCAUUGGCAAUGGAGCUAGCACCAGUGCAGCUGGUGGUGCAGCUACAGGCAGCGCCAUCCUCGAGAGUCCCUCCCGCAACACGCGUGCCAAUGGCGGGCGACCUCAGAAUGCAGCUGAGAAUGAUCACAGCUAUCAUCUGCCCGUGCGCAAUGGACGCAUCAUUGAGUCUGAUACGGAUUCGCAUGGACCAACUGGGCGACCCACAAGGCAGAGCGCCAAACGGGCGCUCAUGGAUUGGGCACGCGGCAGUGAUAUCGAGGAGGAGGACGAAGAAAGCGAAGAGGCCGAAGAGAUUCUACCCACACCCACAAACGAUGAUAUGCCGUCGACUAGUCGAGCUGCCCUUGGUCUGGCGGGUGGCACUGCAUCCUCAUCUCGGCAGCUGCGCACGAAUCGUAAUACUGUUGUCCCUGCUGCCGCGGAGAGUGAGGACGACGAUGACAGUGAUAAUGAGCCGUUGGCCAACAACCAGCAAAAAACUGCCUCUAUGAAAACUAGCACACCAGCUCCACAUCCGCUGUCAUUGCGACGCCGGGUUGCGUCGCCGCAGCCGCCGCCACGUAGCAUGCAUAUGACACGCUCGCAUGCCACGUCGACGACUAGUAACUCCAGCCAACAGGAGGCUCCAAUGGCCGCCCAUGAUCACAAUUAUCUGGGCAGUGAAUCGGCGGUUGCUUCGCGUGCUCCUCGUCGCAUGCUGUCACGCCACCAGCGUAAUGCGGAUGAACUGGACACGAGCCUUGAUCCGUUGAACAACUCGCGUCUGUUGGCUGUCAUAUCCAAUCCCAGGCGUCCCACCUCCACAACAAAUAAUGUAACAACGCGUCGACUACGUACCCGCGCCAGUCAGGAGCUUUCCCAAGGGGAGGAGGAUGACGAGCCAGCCGAAGAAUUGCCAGAUGAAGAGGAAGCCGCUGCCUCCGAUGAAGGCACAGAUGGUGGCUCCAGUUCACAGCCCAGCAACGAGGAUGACGAGGAGGAAGCAACUGCCACAGAUUCGGAAGACAAUCAGCCACUAACCAGUUACGUUUCACCCAGUAAUGGACGCACGCGGCGUAAAACCAAAACGUCAUCCUCGUCGGCAGCAACGGCAUCCCAAGGACGCGAGCAACGGCAAAGUCGUCGUGGUCGUGCAACAUCGGACAACUCAAUUGGCAACGACGACGACGAUGAGGAUUACGAGGCACCACGUGCUCGUUCCAAUCGCCUGCGAAGCAAUCAGCGCAGCGGUCGCAAUAUGAAACGUCCGCUCUACAAUGAACAAUCGGAUGAGGAGGACCAACAACAGACCCACAGUCAGCGCAAGCGAAUGCGCAACGGCGACGCUCAUACUGCCACCAACAACAACAAUAGCAAUAACAACACCAACGCCAACAGUCACAGCUCACAGGAACGUGAGCAACCGGCAAUGGGCGAGGAAGGUGGCAGCUCUACGGCGGACAGCGAUGAUCAGCUGGUGAGCGUCAGCAGCCGUGGACGUGUUCGCAAGAUAUCAGCCAAGGCGCGCGGCAUAUUUAAGGAUUGAAUUUUGGGCGUCUGGCUGCGCUGCGCUCAAGACUGUUUUAUGUAUAAAUUAAUUAUAAUCGCAUGAGCAAAUAA